AUGGCGGCGGCGGCAGCAUCGGCGGCGGCGCUCGGCGUCCGGGCCGCGGGGUCUCCGCCGCCGCCGCCUCCGCUCCUGCGACGGGGCCGGGGCCGGAGGAGGCGGCGCCAAGGCGGGCCUGAGGAGAAAGAGGCGGCGGCGGAGGGCGGCGGGCCCCGGUGCGCCUACGGGCCGCGGCGCUGCCCGCCUCAGGGCCCCGGCCGCCCGUUUUGCCGCAGCCGCCUCGGCAGCUUCUCCUCGGUUCGGGCCCCGUCGGAAGGGGAGACGCCGCCGCCGCCUCCUCCGCCACCGCCCGCCCAGGCAGAGCGAGAUUUUAUAUUCAGAGCACCCAUCACAUUAAGCAAGCCUGGAGAGCUGCAUGAGGAAUACAAAAGCCAGCUACGAAAGUUGAGGGAUGAAAAACUGCAAGAAGAGAGGACCUCUGAUGAUUUUAUUCACAAGCUGAUUGUUGAGGACACGACUGAUGCAGGGAAAAGAAAAACAGAAGAUCAGAAGAAAGAGGAGUCCUUAAUGGUCAAAAUGACCCAAGAACGUUUUCCGGAACGCCUCUCUGAUUCCGAGAAUGAGGAACCAUUCCAGGGCAAAUCUGCACAUCGGUCAGCUUUUGUCUCCAAGGGAAGCACCUAUUCAAUAGCAUUGGUGGCAGAAAGCUUGAGCUCCAAGGUAGAAAGGAGCCAGAGUUGCAACGAUACCCUUCGAGAAAGAUCCAAAAGCAGGCAAAGAUCAGCUCCAGUCAGAACAAAGAUAAACCAGUUAUCUGGUGCACCUGCUCCCCUCGCUGGAGUUUUAUCGUCCACCCAGAACAAUCGCUGCCUCUCCGCCCCAGACCUAACAGCUGAUAAGCGCCUUGUCUUCCAUGCAGCUGCUUCCUUCUCCGUCCUCCAGAAGCCAGAGCGCUCUAUCAGCCCCGAGAGCAAUGACAGCAUUUCAGAAGAACUCAAUCACUUCAAGCCCAUUGUCUGUUCCCCCUGCACACCUCCAAAGCAGCUUCCCGACGGUGGAGUUCUCAGUCCCCUAAUUAUCAAGUCUACUCCGAGGAACCUAACGAGGAGUUUACAGAAGCCAACCACUUACGAAGCCAGUCCCAGGAUCUUGAAAAAAUGGGAGCAGAUCUUCCAGGAACGGCAGGUGAAAAAGACUCUUUCUAAAGCCACCCUAACAUCCCUGGCCCCAGAGGCGGGGGAAGAUUUUCUGGUUCCUAGCGCGAACUCACUCGUCAAGGAGCCCCUGCAGAUAUCAAACGACGUGCUGCCGCCUGAAACCAUCACGCACGUGCAGGCAGCGACAGACUGUUCUCCUUCCGUCUGUGUUUCAAAGUUUGAAAGCUCUGGCAAUAUCAGGAGAGACUUGGAGGCAGUGGAAGAUCACCCCAAAGCACCCGUAGCGAGACACAACGAAAACAACCUAAACACCAGGAUUUCUGAGGUCCCCAGCGCAAAAGCAGCCUUGCGGCAGACGGAAACGUGUCUGAACAUCGAUGCCAAAAUGGUGACCCGGAAAGUGAUUAGAGUCAGCUCAGAGUUUCCAGAGAAUGGGGCCCUCGGCCCAUCGGUCAAGGCAGCCGGCAGGAAGCAGCUGAAGUACCUGAACGAAAGUGAGCGGAGCAACUUCCCGAACGGCGUCUGUAUUGAGAAAGCCCUCGGCGACGAGGCCUCGCCUUUGAGGAGGGGCCGAAAGAGACAGUGCAAAAUGAAGCACUUGGAACAGGCCGGCUCGGUCAAGAGACUGAGGCAGGUGGCCUGUCACCACGGGGCGCUGGCUGCUCCCGAACCCCCGAGGAAGAGGAGGAGGAGUGAGAUGGAGCAGAGGCUGAAGCAGGAGGAGGAAGACCGCCGGCUGGCCUUGCAGCUCCAGCGGAAGUUUGACAGCGAGAACAGGACAGUGGCAAGGCGGAAAGGAAGAGCAGAUCAGUAUUUCCUGCGGUCAAAGAGCACCACGGGUGCAAAGUAGCACUUAUUGAACAAUGUUGCCUUUUCUAGUUAAUGUGAGGUUGGUCAAAAUGAUCUGGGAAGGAGGAAUACCUGUUUUGUUAUCCUACCUCCCCCCCUCCCCCAAUUGCGUUUCCUUUUUUUUUAUGGUAAGGUGAGUUAAAUCCAGUUCACGCUACAGUCAAGGUCUUUGCACAGAUGUAGGCUACACUUUAUUCUUUUUACUGAAGUUGCUUCUGAGACUCUUCAGACCCACUCACAGGAAUGCAUUUAAAUUUCACUGAUCAGAAGGGCAUAGACCCGUGUCUGCAGCCGAGUCCCAUUGGUAUGCAAACUGCUUCCAGGUUGCGAGUAGAUGACACUAUUGGAUUGGCAUUUUUUGUCACUGAAACCAGUUGCUGUAAGUGAUAUUUUAACCUCAGGAGCAGCCUUGAGAGGGAGGGAGGCUAGUCACUUGGAACUGUGGGAUACACAGGAAUGUAUUUAAAUAUACAGUGUAUUAUUGAGCAUUCACAUCUAUGGAGGGCUGUUUAUACAGACCCCAAACUAAUAACCUUUUGCCAGAUCUGUGGCUGCUAUUUGUGCUGUCCAUCUCUUAAGACCUGGCACAAUCCGUUUGCAUUGCCAUAGAUUAUUUUUUGAUCCCAAGGCCAUGUUAAUAGGAGUCAGAUUUGCAGUGUACAGCUACAAGUCUUCCCACUCUGGCGAGACAGAACUGAAGGCAGAGAAAUUGCACCUAGUCUCUCUCACUACCGUGGCGAUUUGUUUGCUGUCCCAAGCCUUCCUCUUGCUCCUCCUCAUGCACAGCUUUGGGGAUAUAAACUAUGACAGCUGUGGAACGACUUCUGUGACUGGAAAUGUGUGCGGAUGUGUUGUGUGAAUGAGACGGCCGUGGAGAGUGGAUUCUGUUGAACUCUUCCAGGGUCUGGUUUUUGAGAUUGCUGAGUUGAAAGGCCCAAUGCAGAUGGCUAAACUGUCCCAUUUAAAGUGGGUUUUGAAUUGGAGAUAGGUGGUGUUGAUAGUAUUUUCUGGACACCCACCCUAACCAGUGCUCACUUGGUCAGCAAGUUAAAGUUUCCACAUGUGGAAGUGUGUCAUAUUUACAAUCUCUUCAGCAAUGCUUGUUUCCUAGUGUGCUACAGAGGGUUUUUUGUUUUGCUGAAGGCUUUUCACAAGCCUGCUUUGUCGUAAGAAUUUGAAGAGGAUAAGUUGACUCACGAUGACUUCAGAAGUGGCCACUGCAAUCAGCCAGGUUUGUCCCACACUAGGAGCAGGUGUUUUUAAGCCCCUUUGAACUACGUACCAUGAUAGAUUGACAUUGAGGCCUCUGGGUUUGCUGCUCAGGAAAAAUUGAAAGCCACAAAAGGUGAAAUACAGAGUAAACAGUCUAUAAGUACAUCACCCUAGCCUGGUUAGAGCGAAAGAAGCUCUCAACGGGUGAAAACUUGUAAUCUCUAAAAGCAGGUUGCGGUUUGAAAAUGCGCUUAGCACUUCAACAGUCACUUGUAGACCCAGGUCUCUCUGUUGUGCUGCUGUAUCCCUUUGGAGGUGGGAAGCUAAAACUUGGCAUACACUUCUCAAGGCUUCCUCAAUCACUGGCAAGAGAGCUACCCCCCACCUGUCUUCCAGCUUGACUCGUUCAUUCCAACUGCCUUGCGGAGUUUCCUUUGUUAUCCUGCAACUUCCUCUCUACAGCUGUUUGCUGGAGGGGCAGAGCUCUUGCGGUCGGCACUGUCUAGCAUCAGCCUUGACACUUGCUUGGACCAAGCAAAUCUGGCACGUAAGAGAAUUCUCUAAAAACUAUGUGGAGGAAAGUGUUGCUCUCACCCUUUGAACUAAUUCCAAAUUGGUUUGUUUUCCUGGCGAACAGAACUAGAAUAUUUUUUGGUUUCACUUUUGCUUCAUUUCCUUAGGUCCUUACCAUUCUAUCAUAUUUAGGUAGAAGGAAGCCCCACUGGUUUCAGUGGGGCUCACUUUUUGGUAAGCUUGAGUAGAACUGCAACCUUAAAUUUUGUUGAUCUGUUAGAGACAGAAAAUGCUUAUGUAAAAUGCAGUGUUUCCUUGCUGAAAACCUGGGAGCAAUCGGUAUUAUUCUCAACAUGCCAAAGACUGCCAUUACAGUAAGGAAGCCCUUAUGGAGACCAGACCUUUUCAGGCCCUUUGGAAAGAUGUGGCCCCUUGGUAAGAAAAGGGGAUUGGAAAGACAUUUCAAGAGGAGGAGAACUGGGCCUUAAAAACUUGGAAAGUAUGAGUUCACUUCAGAUGCUUAUUUCAGCAUAAUCUCUGGUGAAUGUAGAACACUUUUUCCAAGUGAUCGCACGUCAAGUAACAUAAUUUGGGUGAGCUGAUGAUCAUGUUUCUUAAUGGGAAUUUAGGAUCAUCACUGGAAGAAUUAUGUGGCUUUCCAGUUCUUUUGUUGCACUACCGCACACAGGUAGUCAGGCUGUCUGUUCCGUGUUGUCCCGGUGCAUGUUGCAGGGGCUCAGCCCUCGAGACCCAUUUAGGGCCCAGUGACGUUCCUUUCGCCCCACAGGCCCUGGCAGGAGAUGAAUGCUAAAGGCUCCAGCCUAAGGCUGGCAUGGAACAACAGAGAAUAUCACUCUGCCAUGUCUCAUUACUGGUAAAAAUGAAUGGGUGAGAGUGAAGGCUUCUUCACCCAUGGAUGUUAGACUUUUGAUCAGUACACCCUCGGGGUGUACAAGUGAUUUAAGUGAGUGCCAG